AUGGGAUAUUACUCGGUGUCAAUAAUUUGGCAUCUAUCUGUUUGUGGCAUUUUAGAUAGAAGGGGGGAGGGGGGGGAGGAGGAGAAGGAGGCGGAGGAGAGAGGAGGGUUCCAUGCCCUGGUGGUGGAUGACUGCCCCAUUGACCGGAAAAUAGUCGAGAGGCUCCUCAAAACUGGCUUUUCUAAGGUCACUGCUGUUGACAGUGGGAGGAGAGCAUUGAAAGUCCUGGGCUUCAGUGAACACAACCAUGAAUCUCCCCCUGGCCCUGCCUGCAAAGUCGACAUUAUCCUCACAGAUUACUGCAUGCCUGAGAUGAGCGGUUAUGAUCUUCUUGCCUUAGUUAAGGGAAAUAAGGGCAUGAAAGAUAUUCCAGUGGUCAUGAUGUCAUCAGAAAAUGUACCUCAGAGAAUUAGGAGUUGUCUUGCCAUAGGUGCAGAAGAGUUCAUACUAAAGCCGCUACGGUUAGGAGAUGUUAUGAAACUCAGAAACUACAUUAGACCCUUAGCCCCUGUUCCUAAGACCAAUUCGAAGAGAAAGGUGCCCUCAGAUCGGUUGCCAGAGAAAGGAUCGGAGAGGCAGCCCCACCUAACCGGAGUUGCAGAGAAAGGAUCAGAGAGGCAGCCCCACCUAACUGGAGUUGCAGUUGCAUGACUCGCGUCUGUCUGUCUCUCUCUCUCUCUCUCUCUCAUGUUACAGGGUAAUUGAAGUGGGGGUUUGCGGCGUAUGGUAUUCUUAGUGUUGUGUUUGGUAUUUCAGAGUAAUAUUUGGUGAUGUAUGGGGCUCACCAUGUGGGUGCUGUGUACAUACUAUUUAAAAUAUCAUUGAAGUUUAUUACCCCGUUUUUCGGUGCC